AUGGAUGGGGCGGGAAACCAGACUCUCAUCUCCCACUUCGUUCUCCUGGGACUCUUCACCCGCUCGCCGCUGCACCUGCUCCUCUUCUCCCUCAUCAUGGCCAUGUUCCUGGUGGCCCUGUCUGGGAACGGGCUCAUGGUCCUCCUCAUCCACAUGGACUCCCGCCUCCACAGCCCCAUGUACUUCUUCCUCCGCUGGCUGUCGCUCAUGGACCUCAUGCUCGUCUCCACCAUCAUGCCACGCAUGGCGGUGGACUUCCUCCUGGGCGGCAGCUCCAUCUCCUUCACAGGCUGUGGGCUGCAGAUCCUCUUCUUCCUCACGCUCCUGGGCGACGAGUGCUUCCUGCUGGCCUUCAUGGCCUAUGACCGCUACGUGGCCAUCAGCAAGCCCCUGAGGUACUCGGCGGUCAUGAGCCGUUGGGUCUGCUGGCUCAUGGUGGCAGGGUCCUGGCUGUUCGGCCUGGUGGACGGGCUCAUCCAGGCCGUCUUCACCCUAACCUUCCCCUUCUGCAGCUCCCGGGAGAUUGACCACUUCUUCUGCGAGGUCCCUGCUGUUCUAAAGCUGGCCUGUGCUGACACCUCCCUCUAUGAGUCCAUGAUCUACGUCUGCUGUGUCAUGAUGCUGCUCCUGCCCUUCUCCGUCAUCUCCGCCUCCUACCUGCGCAUCCUGGUGGCAGUGCUCCACAUGCACUCCGUGGAGGGCAGGAAGAAGGCCUUCGCCACCUGCUCCUCCCACAUGGUCGUGGUCUCCCUCUUCUACGGGGCCGCCAUGAUCACCUACAUACGGCCCCAGGCCUACCACUCCUCCAAGCAGGACAAGGUGGUCUCUGCCUUCUACACCAUGGUCACCCCCAUGCUCAACCCUCUCAUCUACAGUCUGAGGAACAAGGAAGUGACGGGAGCCCUGAAGAAGCUCCUGGGAAGGUGUCCCUGUGGCAGGGAGCAGGGCUAA